CCCCUCCCCUGACUCCUACCUCUCAUGGCUCCGCCCAGAACUAUACGCCCCGCCUUGCCCCGCCGGAAGCUCCUGCACCCAUGCCAGUUGUGCACGGGGUCGCAGCCCCGCUUAGUCCUCCACAUGCAGCCGGCCGAGAGCUCGCCGGUGGUGCCGGCCCAUGGGCCCAGGGUCGACCCAUAUGGGUUCGAGAGGCCCGAAGACUUCGACUAUGCCGCCUACGACGAGUUCCUCUCCGCCUACUUGGCAGUGCUCACCAGGAGGGCCCUGAAGUGGUCCCGGCUGCUGCAAAGGGACGGCGGUCUGAGCAGGACCGCGACGGUGAAGCGCUACGUCCGAAAAGGGAUCCCACUGGAGCACCGGGCCCAUGUGUGGCUGGCCGUGAGUGGAGCACAGGCCCGGCUGGAGCAGAACCCUGGCUACUAUCAGCGGCUGCUGCAGGGAGAAGGAAGGCCUGAGCUGGAGGAAGCCAUCAGGACAGACCUGAACCGCACCUUCCCAGACAACGUGAGGUUCCAGAAGACGGCCCAGCCCUGCCUGCAGAAGGCCCUGUUCAACGUGCUGCUGGCCUACGGGCUUCACAACCAGGGUGUGGGCUACUGUCAGGGAAUGAAUUUCAUAGCAGGGUAUCUCCUCCUUAUCACCAAGAGCGAAGAGGAAUCUUUCUGGCUCUUAGAUGCUCUCGUUGGACGAAUUCUGCCAGAUUACUACAGCCCAGCCAUGCUGGGGCUCAAGAUGGACCAGGAAGUCCUUGCAGAACUGGUCAGAAUGAAGCUGCCAGCAGUGGCAGCCUUGCUGGACGGGCACGGUGUACUGUGGACCCUGGUGGUAUCCCGCUGGUUUAUCUGCCUGUUCGUGGACAUCCUGCCUGUAGAGACCGUGCUUCGUAUCUGGGACUGUUUGUUCAACGAAGGCUCCAAAAUCAUCUUCCGGGUGGCCCUGACCCUGAUUAAGCAACACCAGGCAUUCAUCUUAGAAGCCACCAGUGUGCCUGACAUUUGUGACAAGUUCAAGCAGAUCACCAGUGGGAGCUUCGUGAUGCAGUGCCACACAUUCAUGCAGAAAGUGUUUUCAGAACCCGGGAGCUUGUCCAUGACGACCAUCACCCGGCUCCGUGAGAGCUGCAGGGCAGCACUGCUGGCACAGAGGUGACCAGGUCCCUGUGUCCCCUGGUAUCCCUACAUUCCUGGCAGCGGGAGGAGCUGUGACUGCUAGAGCUAUGUCUGGGCCAUCCCCACUGUCUCCACUAGUGCUGUAAAUACUUGAAGUCACCACUUUUGUGGUACGUGAUUGAAAAAUCAUGUCAAUCUGUAGCCUUUGUUGCCUAUGAAGUCACAGAUUCCUAGUUUUUACUAGAGACAUUAGUAAUAUAUAAAAUGUAAGAUGUGCAUUUAUAUUUAAUAAAACACCUCAGCACUGUGCCUCUGUGA